AGGUGACGUCACCCUCCCGCGACACAUUUCCCUCGGCACGAUGGAGGAGUGUAGUCCUCCUACGGUUUAUCUCAGAGAGUUUGGCUGCGAACAAAGUUUACUCUCCCGUCCUGACGGCUCGGCGUCUUUCGUCCAGGGAGACACAAGCGUGCUCGCUGCAGUGUAUGGACCAGCUGAAGUUAAAGUCAGUAAAGAAAUCUAUGAUCGAGCGACACUGGAGGUCCUCAUACAACCCAAAGUUGGCCUUCCAAGUGUGAAGGAGCGAGCCCAGCAGCAGUGUGUGCGGGAAACCUGCGAGGCGUCGCUGCUCCUGUCCCUCCACCCCCGCUCCUCCCUCACGCUGGUCCUGCAGGUGCUGCACGACGACGGCUCCCUCCUGUCCAGCUUCCUGAACGCCGCCUGCAUGGCUCUGAUGGACGCCGGCCUGCCCAUGAGUUGCCUGUUCUGCGGCGUGACGUGCACCAUCCGCACAGACGGCAAGAUCAUCACGGACCCGACCGCCGCUCAGGAAGUAGAGAGUCGAGCUCUGAUGACGUUCGCCAUCGACAGCAAAGACCGCCGUGUGAUGAUGACCUCCACCAAAGGCUCCUUUUCAGUGCACGAGCUGCAGCAGUGCAUCGCCGUCAGUCAGGCGGCGUCAGAGAAGAUCUUCCACUUCUACAGAGACGCGGUCAGGCGGCGCUACUCCAAAAGUGUCUUCUGAUCUUUUUUACCCCCACAGUGCUCACAAAGAAGAUUUUUUUUCAAAAUAAAAUAUUCACCAAGCA